AAGGAGCUCUUUCGGUCUCACCUAACCCAGAGGAGCCAAACAUACACAAACAUGGCGAUAAGGCAGACAGACAAGAUGCUGUCCUCUCUCUGGUGCUCCGUGUGCUUCUCGGUCCUGGCGCUCGCGGGGGUGUCCUCGUCGACCCUCCAUCUUCACCCGGAGCAACGGCACGCGCUGCCGCAGAACAGAGGCUUCUUCACCGUGGGAGCGGACGGGGGAGUCUUCGCGGGAGACGGCAGCAGAGGCGCCGCGGCUCCCGCGCUGCCUCUGGCCGCUCGAGUCGCGUCGGGUUCAGGCGCCCCCCGGGAGCACCGGAGCCGACGGAGCGCUGGCAAGUCGGCCAUGCCGAAGGUGUACGGCCAGGCAAACCUGAAUGACUCUCAUAAUCAGAUGGUGGUCCACUGGGCUGGAGAAAAGAGCAACGUCAUCGUAGCCUUGGCCCGAGACAGCGCUGCAGCGACUGGGCCCAAAACCAGUUCUGUCUACGUGUCAUAUGACUAUGGAAGGACCUUCACACUGGUGUCGGCCAAGUUCCAGCUCUCCGAAGCACAGGCCAAGAACGGCAGCAAGCAGGUCAUCUCUCAGUUCUACCACAGCCCUGCAGACAACCGCAGGUAUCUUUUUGUGGACUCUACCAACAACUAUUUGUGGAACACCUUUGACUUCUGUAAGACGGUUCAGGGCUUCUCCCUGCCGUUCAAACCCACUGACCUGCUGCUUCACGCCAGACGGGCCAGCCUGGUGCUCGGCUACGACAGCUCUCAUCCCAACAAACAGCUGUGGAAAUCAGACGACUUUGGGGAGACGUGGGUGUUGAUCCAAGAGCAUGUGAAGACCUACUUUUGGGGUGUGGAACCUUACGACCCCCCCACCACAGUGCUGGUCCAGAGACACGAGCCACAGGGGGUCUCCACCGUACUAAGCAGCACAGAUUUCUUCCAGAGCGAACAGCACCGGAAAGUGAUCCUGGAGCAGGUGGACAGCUUCCAGCUCCGAGACAAGUACAUGUUUGCUACAACCACACGGAAACUGCUCGGCAGCCAUAAUCCGUCUUCUGUCCAGCUCUGGGUCUCCUACAACCGUCAGCCAAUGAAAGCAGCCCAGUUUAUGACCCGGCAUCCAAUCACGGAGUAUUACAUAGCGGAUGCAUCUGAGGACCAAGUGUUUGUGUGUGUGAACCACAUAAACAACGCCACACACCUCUACAUCUCCGACACACAGGGCCUGUCCUUCUCUCUGUCUCUUGAAAAUGUGCUGUACUACAGUCCUGAGGGCUCUGGCAGCAACACACUCAUCAGGUACUUUGCCAGUGAGCCGUUUGCAGACCUGCACCGUGUGGAGGGCCUCCGAGGCAUCUUCAUCGCCACGCUCAUCAACGGCUCGGUCAGCGAGGACAACAUGCGCUCCGUCAUCACUUUCGACAAGGGGGGGACAUGGGAGCUGCUGCAGGCGCCUGCUGCUGACAGCCUAGGAGGAACUGUGGACUGCCAGCUCAGUAAAGGUUGUUCUCUCCACCUGGCCCAGCGCUGGAGCCAGCUGUUUAACAUCCAGCUGAGGAGGAUGCCCAUUUUAUCCAAGGACUCAGCACCAGGACUCAUCAUGGCCACAGGAUCUGUUGGCAGGAAUUUGGCCAACAAGCCCAAUGUGUACGUAUCAAGCAGUGCUGGAGCCCGGUGGAAAGAGGCUCUGGCGGGCCCUCAUUUCUAUACAUGGGGGGACCAUGGUGGUAUCCUGAUGGCCAUUACACAAGGAGGCUCCACCAAACACCUUAAGUUUAGCACCAACGAAGGCGAGACGUGGACCGAGUUUAAGUUCUCAGACAAGGAGGUGUACGUGUACCAGCUUCUGACGGAGCCUGGGGAGAAGAGCACCAUCUUCACCAUCUUUGGCUCGUACGCUGAGCAGAGGCACAGCUGGCUCAUUCUGCAGGUCAACACGUCCGAUGUUCUAGGUGUUCCGUGUUCCGAGGCCGACUACAAGCGCUGGUCUCCUUCAGACGAGCACGGCAACGAGUGUCUGCUGGGCAGAGAGGUUACCUUCAAGAGAAGAGCUCCUCACGCUACGUGCUUCAACGGGGAGGACUUUGACAGACCCGUCACCGUCUCCAACUGUUCCUGCACCCGCCAGGACUACGAAUGUGACUACGGCUUUAAGCUCAGCGAGGACUUGUCUCUUCAGGUGUGCGUACCUGACCCUGAGUUCCUGGGAGACCUGUACGCUCCUCCGGUUCCCUGUCCCAUCGGUACCACCUACCGUCGCAGCAAAGGCUACAGGAAGGUACCCGGCGACAGCUGCAGUGGAGGAGACGUGGAGGCCAGACUGGAUGGAGAGAUGCUGCCCUGUCCUGUUGGAGAGAGUAAUGAGUUCAUCCUGUAUGCUGUGAGGAACUCCAUCCACCGCUACGACCUGGCUACAGGCACCGACCAGGCUCUGCCCCUGGCCGGCCUCAGGGAAGCUGUGGCCCUGGACUUUGACUAUGACAGAAACUGCCUGUACUGGGCUGACAUCUCGCUGGACACCAUCCAGCGUCUUUGUCUGAAUGGCAGUACAGGUCAGGAGGUCAUCGUGAGGAAAGAUCUGCAGAAUGUGGAGGCUCUGACCUUUGACCCCAUCAGCAGGCUGCUGUACUGGGUAGAUGCGGGAGCCCAGAAGAUUGAGGUUUCAAAUCCUGAUGGGGACCUGCGUCACACUUUGCUCAAUUCCACCGUCUUGGAACAUCCGCGAGCUCUGGUUCUGUUGCCUGCAGAAAGUAUGAUGUUCUGGACCGACUGGGGAGACCGAGCAGCUGGGGUUUACCGGGGCUACAUGGACGGAACCAAUGUGUCCUGCAUCGUGUCAGAAAGUGUCCGCUGGCCCAAUGGGAUCACUGCCGACGACCAGUGGCUGUACUGGACCGAAGCCUUCAGCGACCGCAUCGAGAGGGCGGACUUCAUGGGGGGGCAGAGGAGUGUUCUGAUGGAGGGACUGCCCCAUCCAUACGCCAUCGCUGUCUUCAAGAAUGACUUGUACUGGGACGACUGGUCAAGAAUGGGAAUCUUCAAAGCUCCGAAGGCUGGAUCUCAGAACAACGAGCUGAUUGUUGGCAGACUGACUGGAGUCAUGGACCUCAAGAUCUUCUAUAAGGGGAAGAACAGGGGGCACAACGCCUGCGCUGACCAGCCCUGCAGCCUGCUCUGUCUGCCACAGCCCAGCCACAGACAUACCUGCGUCUGUCCAGAUGGUGCUCCAAUUGUCACCAUGCCCAACGGAGAGCUGCAGUGCCAGUGUCCUCCUGGUUACCAGCUCCAAAACAACACCUGCAUUAAAAUCGAGCACAGCUGCUUGCCCAACCAGUACCGCUGCUCCAAUGGCCGCUGCAUCAGCAGUAUCUGGAAGUGUGACAGCGACAACGACUGCGGGGACAUGAGCGAUGAACAGGAGUGUCCCACUACCACCUGUGAUCCGUCCAACCAGUUCCGCUGCGUGGCCUCGGGCUCCUGCAUCCCACUGGCCUUCAAAUGUGACCACGAAGACGACUGUGGAGACAACAGCGACGAAGAGCACUGUGAGUCCCAUCAGUGUGGCCCUGGAGAGUUCACAUGUGCACGAGGGGUGUGCAUCCGUGAGGCGUGGCGCUGUGAUGGGGACAACGACUGCAGAGACUGGUCAGAUGAAGCCAACUGCACAGUGGGCCACCAUACGUGUGAACCAAGCAGCUUCCAGUGUCACACGGGUCACUGUAUACCGCUGCGCUGGAAGUGUGACGGAGACGACGACUGUCAGGACAACUCUGAUGAAGACCCUCAGUAUUGUGAGGGAACCCAGUGUAAAGGUUUCCUGUGCUCCAAUGACACCUGCCUUCCAGCUAAAGCUCACUGCGACGGCAUCCGCGACUGUCCCGAUGGUGCCGAUGAGCACAACUGUGACCCCCUGUGUACUCGCUACAUGGAGUUUGUCUGCAAGAACCGAGCCCAGUGCCUGUUUCAGUCUCUGGUCUGUGACGGCAUCAAACACUGUGAGGACGGCUCUGAUGAGGACGCUGAGUACGCUGGAUGUGCCUCGCCAUCUGAAUUUGGCAAGGUGUGUGAAGCCUACACAUUCCAGUGUGCCAAUGGAGUGUGUGUGAGCCUGGAGUGGAAGUGCGACGGCAUGGACGACUGCGGCGACUACUCCGAUGAAGCCAACUGUGCUGCUCCCACCGAGGUGCCCGGCUGCUCCAGGUAUUUCCAGUUUGAAUGCAGGAACGGCCGCUGUAUCCCCACAUGGUGGAAAUGCGAUGGAGAGAACGACUGUGGCGACUGGUCAGAUGAAGCACAGUGCACAGGGGGUGUCACUCCUCACGCUGUGACACCUGGUUCAAUUACAUGUGCGCCCAACCGUUUCCACUGUGGCUCAGGAGCGUGCAUCAUCAACACCUGGGUCUGUGAUGGCUAUGCUGACUGUCCUGAUGGCAGCGACGAGCUCGGAUGUCCCACAGCAGCUAAUAACUCCAUGACGCCGGCCCCAGCACCCACGCCGGCCCCCCCUCCAUCCCCUGGACGCUGCAGUCAGGGUCAGUUCCAGUGUCACCGGCCCCCCCACUGCAUCCCCGAGUGGCUGCGCUGUGACGGCCACCCCCACUGCGAGGACGCCUCCGAUGAAGCAAACUGCCCCACCCGGCAGCCUCUGUUCUGCAUCAAUGGGACCCGCUGUUCCGACGGGGAAGCCUGCGUGCUGGACAGCGAGAGGUGUGACGGCUACCUGGACUGCUCCGAUCACAGCGAUGAAGAAAACUGCACCAUGGACACCCUUGCCUACAAAAUCCAGAACCUCCAGUGGACCCCAGACUUCUCUGGAGCCGUCACUCUGACCUGGUCCCGUCCCAAAAACCUCCCUGUGAACUCCUGCUACUUCCUCGUCUACUACAGGCUGGUGGGAACGCAGCAGUGGACCACCAUGGACACCCACAGCAACAAAACCAGCUACAGACUGACCGUGCUGAAACCAGACACCACCUACCAGGUGAAGGUGCUCACCCAGUGCCUCAACAAGCUGCACAAGACCAACGAGGCGAUCACCAUCAGGACGCCUGAGGGACUGCCCGACCCUCCCAGAAACCUGCAGCUGACGUGUGACAGUGGUGAGGAUGGGACAGUAAAGGUUUCCUGGAACGCCCCUGACAACGGACACGGCCUGAUCCGAGAGUACAUCGUUGAAUACAGCGAGGAUGGGGUUCCUGAUUGGACAUCGCAAAGAUCCACCAGAAACGGCACUGAGGUGAAGGAGUUGCAGCCUAACACUCUGUACAGAUUCAGGGUGGCUGCAGUGACCAGUCGAGGUGUUGGGAACUGGAGCGAUAUUAAAUCCAUCACCCCCAAAAAAGCUCUGCCUCCUCCUUUGGUGAAAGCCACCGGCAUCUCUUCAGACUCCAUGAACCUGUCGUUCAGCCUAAGCUCCCGCUCUGAGCUCAAGUAUUACAUUGUGAUUCUGUCCUGGCAGUUUGACUCUCAUGUGAAAGAGAGUCAAAAGCACAACGUCACACAGGGAGAGCUUGAAGCCAAAAACCUGACUUCGGGGACGAUGUAUGAGGUGGCUGUGUGGGCUCACACCAGCAUAGGAGACAGCCCCAGCGCUCUGACCCAUUACCAGACCACAGGCACCCAGCCACAGCGCCCCCUCCUCAAAGCCAAGGCCCUCAACCAGACAGCGGUGGAGUGCAGCAUCAGCAGCGAACCUGCUCCCCUGGUGUAUGGUGUGUUUUAUGCCACCUCUUUCCUGGAUCUGUAUCGCAGACCUCGUCAGGUCCAAAGCACUUCUCUCAGCCUCACAGUGACUGUAGACAGCGACGAGCAGUAUCUCUUCCUGGCCCGGGUUGUCUCUCCUUUCUUGGGUCCUCCCUCUGACUCCGCUGUGGUGAAAAUGAUUCCCGACGAGAGGCUGCCACCUCGGAACCUCCAUCGUGUGCGUGUUGACAAGACUCAGGCCACGCUGAAGUGGCAGCCGCCCUACGACACGCCGGAUGCAGCCCUGACAUAUGUGAUCCACGUGAAGGAUGCGAUCCGGAAGGUGGAGCGGGACUACAAGCUGACCACCCAGAACAACACGGUGGAGUAUCUGCUGAAAGGCCUGGAGCCUGGAGGGAGGUACAGCGUUUCUGUCCGCCUGAGCAACAUGACCAAGGAGGCCAGCUUCAACCUUAACACAGUUCCCCUUCCCGCUCCAGAAGCCUUGAAAAUUCUGACAGAAAAUGACCACGUGUUCCUGUUCUGGAAGAGCCUGGCAGUCCGAGAGAAGGGCUUCAAUGAGAGCAGGGGAUAUGAAGUACACGUGCUGGACAGUGUGACAAAUCAGACAUCCUACCUGGGAAACACCACGGAGACCUACUUCCGCAUCAGCAGUCUGCUGGUGGGACACAACUACACCUUCUCAGUGCAGGCCAGCUGCCUGAUAGGUGGUCAGCUGUGUGGGGAGCCUGCACUGCUGCUCUAUAACCCACAGACAGGGAGCAGCGACGCGUCCCGCGGAGAGAACCAUUCCAGGGACAUGGCAUCAGUGGUGGUACCCGUCCUCUUCCUCCUGUUGGUCAUAGUCGGCGGUGGCUUGGUGGCGCUCUACAUCCGACACCGCCGGCUGCAGAACAACUUCACUGCCUUCGCCAACUCCCACUAUAACUCGCGCCUGGGCUCUGCCAUCUUUUCCUCCGGGGAUGAAUUGGGUGAUGAUGAUGAAGAUGCUCCGAUGAUCAGUGGCUUCUCCGAUGAUGUUCCCAUGGUCAUCGCAUAGCAGAACAUCCCUUUCACCCCCGUCCCUCUCUACCCUCCUCCGCUUCCUAAGCUCCCUGCGCUCCCCGUCAGCGGUGCCUGUACACUGGAGGGCCCCGAGAUAACACGCGGAAGACUACCGCCAUCUCAAACCCAUUGAUGGGAAUCCACCCACUUGGCAGGAAGCAUGAAGAAAAACGGGAAAAGCGUUAAAGAGAAAUAUUUUUCAAGCACUUUUUUUUGAUGCGCAAUAACUUAUUUUUUAUAAUGUUAAAUAUAUGUGUAUGAUGAGGGGUCAGAAAAAGGACUUGGAGGACGAAGUGGAAAGUGAAGCAAAACUGUGAAGGAUCUGAGUUUGUCCAUGGAAUGAAAGACCCUACUCGGAAUUCAAACUCUGUCCGUAGGAGCGGUUUAUUGCUUAAAGCCAAAAUAAGCAUUCAAACUGGAAUAUAGAAUGCACACACCUAGUUUAUCAGGUUGGUAACAGUUACAUGUCUUUUAAAUAGUACAAUGUGUAUUGUUGAAGUAUAUGCUGUACUAUAUGAGCAUGUGUAACUACGGCGCCCCGUAUGAGGCAGCUGGAAGAGUUCACUGUGGUUUAUGUUUCCUAUUUUAGCUGAAGCCAGUACAACCAAACAGAUGUGUCACUGGACAUAGGGUACUUCUAAAAACACUUUUCCUUUUUACCACCAGCACACUGUUGUAUGUGGAGCCAAACACACUGCAUAGUCUUGGCUUUUGUCCUCAUCAUCUUAACUGUUUGUAAAUAUGGGCUUUUAAUAUCCUCUCCUCGUAAUGCUGCACCAUAUCAUGUAAAAUUUGUACUUUGAUGUUGCUUUUUUUAUUUUUGCCUUUAUUUUGAAAUCAUUCAGGAUGAAACAUUAUUGUCCCCAGCGUGUUGCCAUAGCUGUGGUCACAGAGGAAGUGUGUUUGGGGUUCUCAGGGAACUGUGUUGAAGCGGACACCAGCGCAGCGUCACAGCCACCGCUAUGGCUUUGGCACAAAGGGCCAUUUACUGCUGAUAGGCUUUUAAAAGAGCAAUUUACUGUCACUGACUGGGGUACAAAGUCGAGAUUCUAACAGAUAGUUCGUAUUAUUGGAGGUUGUACUAUGUGGAGAAGUAUUGAGCAGUUAACAUCUUCCCUGCUGGAGCUCCUUUGAAGGGAUAGUUUGGGAUUUUUAAUGUGAGCUUCUGUUAAAAUGUGAUAAAUAGGUAAAUGUUUUACCUGCUAUAGGUGAGUGUGAUGGAGUCUUUGGAGUAGUUGGUACCAGAUGCUAAAGCUAACAGCUAGACACAGAGUGGCAAAAUAUCAAAUCGCACUUCUACUUAUCCUAGCUCCCAUCUCAAAAACAUGCUUUAUUAUGGACCUUCAAAGUAAUGACCUAAUAGGGAAGUCAUGCAGUUUAAAAUCAAUAAACUACAGAUCACUUUAAGCGCUGUCCUAUUUUUGCUUUGCUUUUAUAUCAGUUGAUAGGACGGGAGUUGUUUUACAUGUUCAGUUCUCAGUCCAUGUUUCACACAGGAAGAUCACUGCUUCCCAUCUGUUUCCUCUAAAUAACCAUCAGCUUCUUUGUAAAUAACCGCCUGAUGCAAACAUCAUGGCAAAGGAUCAGAAACCAGCAUCUGCUUAAACUGGUAGGAGAUUUUUUUUGUUUGGACUUGGUUCGGGUUAUUGGAAGGUAGUAGAAGUGCAGUCUCCAGAACCAGCUGACCUGGAUUCAUACCAAAU